GUUCAGUAUUAUUGUAGACAGUUACUAACCACGCCUAACGUAUUUCGAAGUAACACAAAAAAAUAGAAAAAAUACUUACUGGGGCUCGAUGACCGAUUUGAAACCAUGAGGCGACUGUUAAUAGUGUUAUGUCUAGUAGUGUUAAGUAAAUGUGAUGAUAAUGAGUGGCGGCAAGUGCGAACCGCGCAAGGACACGUGCGUGGGCGCAGGGACCCAGAAGGUGGACUGUACGCUUUCUAUAAUAUACCCUACGCUAUCGCUCCACGGGGAAGAGAAAGGUUUAAGGCACCUUACCCUCCACCAGUGUGGCUACAACCUCUGGACGCUGUAGAUAAAGGCAUCAUUUGUAUGCAAAGUCCUUCACCAUUCAUAGACACCAAGUCUAAGACUAUGCAGGAAGACUGUCUUAUUGCGAAUGUCUAUGUCCCCGAUACUGAGGAUAAAAAUCUACCGGUCAUAGUAUACGUCCAUGGAGGGGCGUUUGAAUUAGGAUAUGGAGACAUGAUAAAACCUACAAAAUUAGUGAAGACUAAAAAAGUUAUAGUUGUCAACUUCAAUUAUAGACUUGGAGUACAUGGGUUCCUGUGCCUGGGCUCCAACACUGCUCCUGGCAACGCUGGUCUUAAGGACCAGGUGGCUUUACUUCGCUGGGUAAAAAAGAACAUCGCUAAUUUCGGCGGCAACCCAAAUGACGUCACAAUAGCAGGCUAUAGUGCUGGUUCAGUGUCUGCAGAUCUGUUGAUGCUCUCCAAAUCUGCUGAGGGUCUGUUUAACAAAGUGAUUCUGGAAAGUGGGGCAAGCGUAGGCUCAAUUGCAAUUCAAAUGGAUCCUCUGGAAACCGCUAAAACCUACGCAAAAUUGUUGAACUUCAGUGACUUUGAAGACUUUCAUGCCUUAGAAGAGUUUUAUGCAACAGCUCCUUUAGAUUCAAUACUUUUAAGUACAUUUUUACAAAGAAAAGAUAGUACCGUUUUCUUCUCGCCGUGCAUUGAACGCAAAGGGAAAGGGGCUUUUCUGGAAGAUUCCCCAGUCAACAUUAUAAAGAACCGUAAAUACAAAAAAGUUCCCAUUUUGAUAGGAACAAGCAACUUGGAAGGAUCGCUACACAUACCUAUUUUUGCAAAAUGGAAAGACGGUUUGAAUCAGAAAUUUUCAGAUUUCCUUCCAACUGACUUGCAAUUCGAAAACGAUGCAGAAAGGGAUGAGAUUGGUAAAAAAGUAAAAGAAUUUUACUUCGAUGACCAGCCAAUAGCUGAAGAAACUAUUCUAAAGUCUCUUGAGUACUUCGGUGAUCUUACUUUUGGCUAUCCUACCUUAAAACACGUUAAACUACAUGUAGAAGCCGGUCAUGACCAAAUAUAUUUGUAUGAAUAUUCCUUUGUGGAUGACAGUACUCCUUAUGUGCCAUUCACGGAGGUUCGUGGAGCUGGCCACUGUGCUCAGACUACGGCAGUACUUGAUGGGGGCGGCCCUAUGGUGCCCGAUGAAAGUAAUAUAUCUGAACAAUACAAGCAAAUUAAAGCCUCAAUAAGAGAAAUGUGGUUAAACUUCGCUACCAAGGGAAAACCUGUACCAGAAGAAUCAAACCUACCUGCGUGGCCCGUGGCGAAUGAAAAUGGAACCCCAUACAUGUCCAUAGGAGAUGUCAUAGAACUGGAUGAUGGAGUAUACCUUGGAAAACGUGGACAAUUCUGGGAAGACAUCUACCAGAAAUAUUAUAAAGCGCCGGUGCCUCCACCGCAGCCGCCACCGGAGAAACACACAGAACUAUGAACAAUUUAACAACUUUUAAACGUAAAGAUAAUGACGAGUUUGCACCAUUGUCCGGCACAGUGAUUCACAUAAUGUUUCUUCUGGUCUAAUCGCUUAAGCAAACAGUAACAAAUUGCGUGCGAAUAAGUAUUUUUUAAAUGUCUGCGAAAUGA